AUGGCGCUAAUGCAACUGACCGUGGGCCCCAUGACGCUAGUCCACCCGGUCUACAUCUCCCCAUUCAACUCGAUUCCACUCCUACUGGGCCAGGACCUUCUAAAUCGGUUAAAACCCCUAAUAGACUUCCAACGUCUAAAGAUCUGGGCACAAGUCCGGAAGCCCUUACCCAUCCCACGCCCACUGAGCGAGAACCACUGCUACUUCAUAGAAGCGCCGCCUGCAGACGGCCUACAGCCCGCCGCGGCACAAACCGAAACCGGUCAAGAAACGCCCACAAUCUGCGCGAUCACUCGGGCAAACGCCGCUAAAACGGACCCGACACCCAACACCGCGCCCACACACACAACCCCCGACUUUCACAGGCAAAUGACGCUCCCGCUGCAUCUCCUCUACCAACCGGCUGAGGCGAACAUCGCCACGGCCUACACCACACACCAAUACAGGACUGACCCGCAGGACCACCUGGAACAGACGUUUGCAUUUGCACAGAAGAAACUGGGAGACAGCGCCGAAGGACGCAAAGCCUACUACGAUCAAAAGGCGUCUCACAACGAACUCCAGGUUGGAGACCAGUCGUCUCUCUGCCUGUACCAUGCACCACACCAGCCAUGA